AACGGAUCACAAAUAUGCGCGGAGAACAUACGAGCCUUGGUGGGAGGUUCGUCACGGGGGACAGGUGACCAGAUGAGGUGAAUAAGGACAAGGAAUUGAAUAGAAUUACCGAGGUGAAUUCGAUUCGAAGCCGGGGACGGACCCGGAGGUUUCGAUAAAUGCGACUCGAAAGGCGGCGGCCAUGGCUUUGGUUUCGUAGGGUUGAAAUUUGUGAAGGCGGGAGAAGUAGUUAGGAGGCAUCGCCGAGCCACAGAUAGCUAGGAGCCUAGAGUUUUACCCCUGUAAGGCUUGUCUACGCAGUUGCGUGUAAACCCAGUAGUCCUAGUCGCACGGUAAUAUGAUCAGCGUCGUUUCUGAUUCUUCAUGGUGAAGUUACAGUAGUGUGACCAGCAGAAACUUUUUACGUCACAACCCAUGGUGCCUCGCUGCGUUAUCGGAUCUGUAAGCGGUCAUGAGCUCGACCAGGCGGCACUCCCACCGAUCCCUUGCCAAUGGUCCCUCUUCACCCACGCGGGCGACCAUUCCCCCGGCAUUCCCCCGUGACGCCUCUCCGCCCCCCAGAGGCGGAAGUGGAGGGCGCAAGCCGGUUAAGAGUAGGGUAGAGAGCAAUGCUGGUCAUUCUUCCGCUCACGUCAGCAACCCUAGUCCCGCUGCAACUCAGACCCAGCAGCCGCAGCAGCAGCAGCAGGGUGAGGCUUCUGCGCUUAUCGGGACCGUUUCUACCAUGGUAAAGAGAGGGGAUUCUAGUGUGACUGUCAGUGCGGCGGGUAAGAAGGCGGGGAGCGCGAAAGGGGUUGCGGAGACGGGACGAGGAGGCUCGAAUAAUAAGAGCAGCAGCGGGAACAGCGGGCUGACGAACAGCAGCAGCAGCGCCAGAAGCAGCAGCGGCGGCGGCGGCGGCAACAGCAGCAACAGGGGGUUGAGCAGCAGCGGCAGCAGCAGGAGGGGCAUGAUGGGCGGGGGGUUGACGGAGGUGCGCGUGGAGGCGAUGUUCUUCCUGCACAUGUGCGUCUUCCUCGCCAUCCAGCUGCUCUGCCUCCACCGCUGCGCGCUGCCGGACAUCAACUACCACGUCGUCACUCUGGUCUGCCUGCUCCUCCUCCGCCGCAUAGUCGCCUGCUUCGUUGACUUCCACCCCCCUGCCGCCAAUAAGCAGACCCCCCUUGCCGCCGCUCCAUACGACAAGUGCAACGAUCCCAGCACAAAGCGAGGGUGGAGUGCGAAGGGGGGUGAGGCAGGGCAUGGCGGAGAGCAGGAUAAAACGGAGGUGAAGCCGAAAGAGGGGAAGGGUAGAGGUGCCAUUGAUGGUGAUGCCACUGCUGCUGCUGCUGGGAGUGAGGUUGUUCGCUUGAAUGGCAAUGGGUGUGAAGAGGGCGGUAUGAUGGCAGGAGCAGCAGCAGCAGCAGCAGCAGCAGCAGCAGCAGCAGCAGCAACAGCAGGCGGCGGAGGGGAUGAGGAGGGACGACAACACAGCACUGCGUCAGGCGCUGGCGGUGGUGGUGGUGGUGGUGGUGGUGGUGGUGGUGGUGGUGCUGCUGCUGCUGGUGUGGAUGCUGUUGGUUCUGGUGGUGGUAAUUUCGCCUCCCAAGGGCCAUGCGAUUUACUGCCAGAGCAUUACCAAGAGCACUGCCAUCUCUUCCCCCACAUGGGCAUCGUCACUGGCAGCUGCAACUCCCUGCUUCUGGUUCUUCUGUAUGUGGCAGCGGUGGCUUUGCUGGCGCUCAAGCUCUCCCUCACUCUACCAUGGCAGUCGCAGCUGCUGCUCUUCAUCCCGCCAAUCUGCUACUCCAUCAUCGUGGCUCUCCUCAACCACCAGAUCAGGUCUCUCCAUCGCGACGCCCUCCCAUCCUCCCCUCCUCCCUCCCUCCCUUCCCUGCGCUCCUCUUCUCUCGUCCCCUCUUAUCUCACCUCCGAUAAGAGCACCACACCACCACCAGCAGCACCAGCAGCAUCAGCACCAGCAGCACCAGCAGUGCCCCUCCCUAUUCCUCCAUCCUCCACAAUAGCUGCCUCGCUUUCAUCACAACCCCUACAGCAACCGCUCCUUCUGCAUCAGCACCAGCCAGCCUCGUCCCUUCCUCCUCCCGCUUGCUCCCUCUCUCAACCCCCCAGUCACGCACCUAGUCUAAGCACCCACGCCCCCCUUCCUCUUCCAUCCCCGACACCUCCACGUCCAAGGGAGAUGGGCUCCAGAACCGCCUCGUCACUCAGGGAACAGCACUUGCUGCUGCUGCAGCAGCAACCCCGUUGCACCAGCCAAACAGCCUUCAUCAGGCGUCACUACAGGCGAAGCUCUCAACGGGAGAGCCGCCAGGGGAAGGUGCAGGGGGGAGGGGAGCGAGUGAGGGCAGCAAGGCGAGGACGGGUACGAUGAGUGCUGACAGCUCGGGUACUGGCACCAGCGGGGGCAGUAUCAGCGCUAGCAGCAGCAGGGAAAGCACUGGCCUUGUCAGCAGCACCAGCACCAGCAGCAGCAGCGCCGGUGCCAGUGCCAGUGCCAGCACCAGCAGCAGCAGAGGUAGCAGCAUGAGGAGCAGCAGCAGUGGCGCUGGCGGCUCGGGGGGUGCAGCAGCAGCAGCUGCGCUGUCUGGUUCGUCCUCGGACUUUGCGCGCUUCACUCGCAUGCUGCGGCGCUGGCCCAAGCUGCUCAUGCGCCUGGUGCUGGUGGAGGCGUGCAUGGGCAGCUACCUCGUGGGGAUCGUCCCCAUCAAAGGCACCUAUAUGCAUGAGGAUGUGCUCUUCAGCCGCGUCUCUUGCUGCCUACUCCUCGGCUACGCCUUCAUGGGCGCGCUCAUGCUGCUGCUCAUGAAGGAGGCGGCGCUCAGAAGGGAGCAGCUGGACUAUGUGUCGUCGCACCUGGGGUGCUGGCACCGAGUGGACGUUCCAAACUUCACUAUUAGCAGGGACGUGGCAGAGUGGAACCCCCACAGUGUGCCGUACAGCGAGGGCGCGAUUGUGCAGAGAGGGGCCGCCUCUUUGUGGGCGUGGGCAGAUUCAACACUGCGCAACCAGGGUCGCUCUCUGCUGCACUCCUCUUUCUGUUACACCACCAGCCCCUGGUCUUCUCCAACUGGUGUGGUCGGCACUCAGAUCUGCGUCUCGGCGUCCCAGCUGCUGCUGCUGCUGGUGUGGUCGCGGUGGUGGGAGGGCUAUGCAGUGAUGGCGUUGGUGGGUUACCACUCGCUGCUCUUCUUCCUCUCCUGCCGCCAGCUCUGCCACGCUCAGCAGCAGACAGUGUCGGCCCAGCAGCAGCAGCGCCAGCAACACCUCAUGCAGCAACCGCAGCCGCAGCCGCAGCCGCAUUCUCAGAAGAAUGGCCACAAGAGUGGGCAUGGUUCCUGCAACGGUGCCGUUGGGAGCAAAGAUACAGGUGUUGCAUCGAAAGCACUGGGGAUGAAGUCCAAGGCUGGCUUGGUGCUGUGACCUGUCACCUGCAGUGGUGGCUACACCCACAACCUAGGCUGCCCCCGAGUUCCAGGCCAGCAAGCCAUCUGGUUGUAGAAAGUGUGGUUUAGUACUAGAAAUGGACAAUGAAACGUCCAGUCCUAUAGAGGAUUGGUUUUGGUUGAAGGCCUAUGAAUCUGUUGAAAUCAGAUGAUGGGACAGGGUGUGGUGACCAGUUCUUUGGUAGAUAAUGGAUGGUGUACACUGUACAACAAUGCAAUGCCAG